AUGCGGUCCCCUCACGUGGGCCCUCAAGGAUUUGCCCUCAUAUACGUCACAUGCUCUGACAGCAGGACUCCUGUAGGCUGCCCUGGAACUGGGCGCUAUUAUGGAACUGGAAAGGAGGACAAAAUUGAUAAUAAAAAUUUCAAACCAAAAAGGCCUCAUUGCAAAGAUUGUAAAGAGAAAAUCACGGAAGGUGAAUUUUUGGCUGAACUCCAUGCACAAUCACUGACAACUGUUAGUGAUCAUCGUUUAGCUUACGAUGAGGCAAUAAGAGGGCAUCCAGAUGUAAAAAAUGUCACUUAUGAUUCCAAAAAGUGUACAAUGGCUAGGUGGGCAAAGGGAGAGGCACCUCCAAUCGCAAAUGACAUCUGCAAAUUGGCCUUUACCUUAAAUAGUGAAGCCUGGAAAAAACGUCUUUCUUUUAAUUUAGCUGUUGAGGGAGAAAAAGAGGGAACGAAAAUUUAUAAGAAGGUCUCGUUUAACGUCGUAGACAAACGGGAUGUUAAUUCUCUUCCUGUGGUUAUUUUGUACCCCAAAAAAAUUUCAGAGGAGGCAAAAAUGGCACGUUACGCCUUUAUGGAUGGGACGUUCCAGUGCAUCCCACACCUUUAUGGAGUAUUCCAGUUACUGACGUUUGGUGUUGAAUCUUUUGGCAUGGCUAUUACAAGAAACGAGGAUAGACUGGGAAUAUCGACUUUGGAAAAGGAUAGUUUGAAGCUGAGAAAUUACGUGGCAAAGCUUAAAUUAUUGUCUCUUCUUCCUGCGCUCGAAAUUUCUCAAACGUACGAGAGGCUUACUAAUGAGUUUCUAUAUGAAACAAGAAGUGCUGAUUCUGGGUUAAAGCUGAAAGUUGAAGGAUUUGUAGACUACUUUGACAAGCAGUGGAUCCACAAAGUCCAUCCAGAGGAUUUUUUGGUGUAUGAGAGCAUGCACCGAACAAAUAAUAUUCUGGAGCGGUUUAAUAAAGAGCUAGGACAGCAUGCAUAUAGAGCAGGCUUCUCAGUAGAAACAGCCCUCCAUUCGGCAGUAGGCAGAAUAGAGGGACAAAUUAGCAGCGGGGGUUAUGCGGUUGGCACCUUUCUUGAUAUCGAAGGUGCCUUCCCUAACACUUCUAGUAAAGCCAUUUGUAGGGCAGCCAGGAUGCGAGGUGUGCCCGAGCCGCUAGUUAAGUGGAUCGACAGCAUGCUUCGAGAAAGGGCCCUGGAAGCGGAAUAUGGUGAGGCUAAGUUAACAGGCCUGGUCUCAAAAGGGUGCCCACAGGGUGGAGUCCUUUCUCCUUUAUUGUGGUGCUUGGUGGCAGAUGAGUUAAUUAGGAACCUCAAUAGCCAGGGUUAUUAUACGCAAAGUUAUGCGGAUGAUUUCCUUAUAAGAGGGCACGCAAUCGAGACCCUCUUAGAACUUACGGAACGUGCACUUAAGAUUGUCAGGGAUUGGUGCAAUCUGACUGGACUUUCUGUAAACCCGGAGAAAACGAACAUAGUAGUUUUCACAAGAAAAUAUAAGGUACCGAGUUUGAAAAAACCGAUAUUUUAUGGAAAAGAGAUUUCCUUUUCUGAAUCGGCUAAGUAUCUGGGAGUAAUACUGGAUAAAAAACUGGUUUGGAGGGAACAUUUCGAAUAUCAGUAUGGCAGGUUUUGUACCGCGUUUUGGGCGUGUAGAAGGGCGAUAGGGUCAUCGUGGGGACUAAGGCCUAAUAUGGUCAACUGGCUCUAUCAGAUGAUCUUAAAACCAAGGUUUCUUCACGCGGUGGUUGUCUGGUGGUCUAGGACUCAACUGAUAACAGUUAAAGAGAAACUAGGCCAACUGCAGGCAAUGAUUUUCAGGGGUAUUACGGGGGCAAUGGGGACCACGCCAACAGCUGCGUUGGGAUUCAUGCUUGCCGAGGUACCUCUGCAUAUUGCCGCGGUGAAAAAGGCGGCUCUUACUAUCAGCAGGUUAACUGCGCAGGGAAGGUGGAGGGUUGGUGGUUUACACACCAAGCUUCCACGCUCAAUUCUAUCAAUACCAGAAUUAAGUAUGGUGCAAGAUAGAAUGAUCAAGAGGGUGAAAUUUAAACCCCGCUUUAAGGUCAUUACACCUUCCAGAAUAGACUGGAAGAAAGGUUUUCCACUUGGGGACGAAGUCUGGUAUACAGAUGGCUCCAAGAUGGACUGCGGUGCAGGCUUCGGAAUUUAUCGGAAAACUGGCCGCAUUAAAGUGGCUGAGUCAUUAGGACAAUAUGCCACAGUCUGGCAGGCAGAGGUCUGUGCGAUUUUAACUUGCGCCCAAAUAUCUAUCCGAAAUGGAACAAAGGGCAAGAGGAUUAGUAUUUGUGUGGAUAGUCAAGCGGCCUUAGGGGCUCUGAAAAAUCCCACAAUAAAAUCAAAACUCGUCUGGGAAUGCCGCAGCGUACUAGAUGAGUUGGGUUCAGUAAAUAGACUUUCAUUGAUUUGGGUACCGGGACACUCGGGAAUCAAGGGUAAUGAAAGAGUAGACGUCUUGGCGAAAACCGGUUCCGAGACGAAAUUUAUAGGUCCUGAACCAGCAGUGGCAAUAAUGCCAUGCUUGGUUAAGGGAGCCAUAGAAAGAUGGGGUGAAAAGGAACAUGAGAAGAAUUGGGCGAGCGUUGGGGUGGGAAGGCAAGCGAAAACUCUGUUGGGGUUAGCACUCAACAGGAGGCGAGCGAGCGAUCUCCUAAAACUCGAUAAGAUCAGAGUUAGAACCGCAGUUCGUCUACUUACGGGUCAUGGACUAUUGAACUACCAUCAGCAUAAAAUAGGCAGACAAGUUUCACCUAUGUGCAGACUGUGUGGGGAAAGUAACGAAACUUCGACUCACAUAUUAUCUGAAUGCCCAGCGUUAGCUAGGAUCAGGCUAUCUAGCUGGGGUCAAGCAAUUAUUGACCCUAAGCAGGUGAGCAACCUAUCGAUAGAAGAGAUACUGGACUUCUGGAGAAGAACAGGACUCUAA